AUGCCUGCGAUGAUGAAAGCAGUCGACAUCAAGGGCGGCAAGGGCCCCGCCGACGCCCUCUUCAUCAAUGACCAGACGCCCGUGCCCACCGCCCAGCCGGGCGAGGCCAUCGUCCGCGUCAAGGCCUUCGGCCUCAACCGCAUGGACCUCCUCCAGCGCGAGGGCAAAUACCCCGUGCCGCCCCAGGCGCCCAAGACGCUCGGCGUCGAGUUCAGCGGCACCAUCGAGAGCUUCGCCGAGGGCGGCGACGCUUCUUCCGAGGGCGGCGGCUUCAAGGUCGGCGACGCCGUCUUCGGCCUCGCCUACGGCGGCGCCUACGCCGAGCGCAUCGCCGUCUCGACCAAGAUGCUGCUGCACAAGCCGGCCUUCCUCUCCUGGGUCCAGGCCGCCGGCAUCCCCGAGACGUGGAUCACGGCGACGCAGGCGCUCUUCGUCGUCGGCGAGUUCGGCGCCGGCAAGUCGGUCCUCUGGCACGCCGGCGCCAGCGGCGUGAGCAUCGCGGGUGCGCAGCUCGCGCGCCGCGCCGGGGCCAAGGCCGUCUUCGCGACGGCCGGGUCGGACGACAAGUGCGGGUUCGUCGUGCGCGAGCUCGGCGCCACGGCGGCCUUCAACUACAAGACGCAGGACUGGGCGGCCGAGGUGCUCAAGGCGACGGGCGGGCGCGGUGUCGACAUGAUCGUCGACUUCAUCGGGGCCGACUACUUCCAGAAGAACCUCGAGGCCGCGGCGCCCGAGUGCCACAUCGUGUGCCUCGGCCUCAUGAGCGGGUUCAAGGUCCCCGACGCCGACAUCUCGCCCAUCCUGCGCAAGAGGCUGCGCAUCGAGGGCAGCUCGCUGCGGGCGCGCGACCCAAAGUACCAGGGCAGGCUGCGCGACAAGCUCGAGGAGUACCUGCCCGGGUUCGAGAGCGGGGACCUCAAGGUGCUCGUGGACAAGGUGUUCCCCUGGGAGGAGAUCCAGGAGGCGCACAAGUACAUGGAGAAGGACCAGUCGAGGGGCAAGAUCAUUUGCACGAUUGAUGCUUAG